GAUUUGUUAUGUCAUUCGAUUAUAGCUAGCAUAUCUGAGUUGUCUUGUCUUAAACGAUGUCUAUCAUGUCGGGAAGAAAUGGCCACCAAACAAAAUUUUUCCUCUCAAUUAUGAGCAUUCAGUGCCUUGACAUUGUUAUUUUGAUUCUAGUAGGUGUUUGGAUGGGCCAUUAUCGUGGUGGUUUUGCUUGGGAUGGCAGUGGGAAAGAGUUUAAUUAUCAUCCUAUUUUUAUGGUUAUAUCCAUGAUAUUUCUUAACAGCCAAGCCAUGAUUUCAUACAGAGUUCUUUCUAAUGAUAAAAAGUUUUUAGUGAAAUUACUUCAUAUGGCUAUUCAGGCUAUUGCAUUUGGUUUUGGUGUUCUUGGUUUAAAGGCAGUUUUUGAUUUUCACAAUAAACAUAAUAUUACCAACUUAUACUCUCUGCAUUCCUGGAUUGGACUAUCGUGUUUUAUUCUUUUUGGCUGUCAGUUUGCUUGUGGAUUUCUGGGCUUUCUCUAUCCAAAGCUACCUGAUGUUCCAAGAACAUUUUACCUGAAAGUACAUGUUUUUUUUGGUACAUCAAUUUUCUUGAUGGCUGUUGCUGCAUGUCUCACUGGAAUAACUGAAAAGGCCGUUUUUACAAUUUGGAAAAAAAAUGCACAACUUUCUAAGGAGACAGUUCUUGUUGACAUUCUUGGUAUUGCUUUGAUUGUACAUGCUGGUCUGAUGUAUUAUGUCAUGUCAAAUGAUGAUUUUAAACGAGUAGAUGCCAAUGAGCAAGAACAGAGGCAUUUGUUGGGUCAAAGUGACGAAAGUGAAACCUAAGAAUAAGUGAAAUGUCAAUGAAUAAACGAAAUAAUGAUCUAAUUUCUUUCAAAGACACUUUAUCAUUUAGUUCAUCAAUCAUCAUAGCAAUUUAAUUAUUACACUGAUUUCAAAGCA